CUGAGCUUUUUUGAUCGCAACCACACUGGCCGAAUUCCGAAUUUAGAUGCUAAUAUUGCUAAUGAAAAACAGAACAUCCCAACCGAAACAAGAACUGUGUUAGCUGAUAGCAAAAGCGUUAAAAAAGAAUUUUCUUACGAUCCCAACCAAACUGACUUCGCCCUUGACAAAUGUAACGUCUUUCACUUGAAUGAUUGGUCUGAUUUUUCACAGCUAUUUAUACCAAGAAAUGUCCUGAUCCCAGAGUUACCUCAGGGUCGAGAAUUGCUCAUAAAUAUAGUGGCAACAUGGGGUGAUAUACAUUACGUUGGACUAACUGGUAUAGAAGUGUUUGAUGCGACUGGAACAAAUAUUGCAGCUUGUUCUAAAAUCUUUUCUUGCCCUAGUGAUAUUAACAUUCUUCCUGAAUAUGGAAAUGAUCCUAGAGUUAUCGGAAACUUAAUAGAUGGCGUAAACAGGACAAGAGAUGAUACACAUAUGUGGCUUGCUCCUUUUACUUUAGGAAAUAAUCAUUUGAUUCGCUUGAUUUUUCCAUUGGCUUUACACCAAUUGGCUAUGAUCAGAAUUUGGAAUUACAAUAAAUCACGAAUUCAUGCCUCUAGAGGAGCUCGAGAAGUCAGCAUUUUUCUUGAUCGGAAAUGUAUAUUUUAUGGAGAAGUUAGGCGUGCUGCGGGACUCGAGAGUGGCGAGAUAGAAGACUUUGCAGAAACAUUAUUAUUUACAACUGAUCUUACGAUACUUGAUCUUGUAGCCAUGCAGGACGAAGCAUUGGCAGCCGAGUAUUCUCCAUUCUUUUCAGAUAUGGCAAAGUCACUUGAUUCAGAUUCCACUUACAUACCAUUAUAUUUGGCAUCAAGCGAGCUUGAAAGUUCAGCUGAUGUUGGGAUAACUAGCAAGCCAGAAGAAAUUCCGGCUGACUUAGAGUUAAACAAAACUAUUCAACUGAUUGAACCAAGAGACAACACCUUGUAUUGCGUUGACGUUGCUGCUCUUGGAAUAGUCGAUGCUCAUUCAACACAUUGGAUUGAUAUUAAAAUAUUUUCUAAUUGGGAAAAUUCAUCUGGCGAAUUCGGGUUAACAUUAGUGGAACUUCUUGAUAGGGGUGGAAGCGUGUCACCUUUUGCAUCCCGUUUCUUUUCUUCUGCUUCUCUGCAUGGUCGGAACGGCAUUCGCCUUGGUUACUUCUGUUCUACUUUGGUGGAUGCUGGUGCCGAGGUUGAGAGAGAUUCUAGCCUUGGACUGAAGAUGCUGGCCAUGUCUUUGAUAAUAGAGAAUCAAGACCCACCGGAGGAUGCAAGUUGGACGUCUUCUCAUGACAUUAUCUUCAUUCAUGGCUUAAAAUAG